AUGUCCAUAACUGAGAGUAGUCGGCCGUCCAUCGGUGUGGCUGUGGUCUUGGAAAGCAACAACACUGCAGUCGCCGGCGCAAUUACCUCCGUCUUGCGCCCUGCUUCUACAAUUUCGGCGAGGAUAAUUAGGGGUUGUAAAUUUGAAGACUUUUUGGGCCUAACUAAUGGUUUCUGGAGAGAGAAUUCUCAAGUACCGGAUGAGGUGCGUCGAUUCAUCAGUGGCUCUGAACAUGAACAGGAUACCGACUCCAGCAGCGCAGCGUAUGAUGAGAACAACCCUACCUUUUGGGAAGACAGAUGGAUAAAGGCUAAAAAGGAUGAAUUUUCUGUUGAAGAAGAACUUGAUUACACAAGGAAAUUGUUAGCCGAGGACAGGGAACAUUGUUAUGCCUGGCUUCAGAGACAGAAGGCCAUCGAAAGCACGGGAAGAUGGGACGAGGAACUUCAACUCUGUAACGAACUCAUUAUAGCUGACCCUACUAGCAAGGCUGUCUGGGAACAGAGAUUCUAUGUUGUGGUGAAAUUCGUAUCCUCCUCGCCGUUUGCGGAGGAGUUUGAACAAGCGAUUAAAUACAUUUUGGAUUAUCCCACAGUUGAAAACCCAUGGCUGUACCUCCGGCGAAUCUCUUCUCUAGUGGACAUCACCAGGUUUAGCAAAGAACUGGAUCGCCUCUUUUGUGAACUUUUUCCUGUAGAAACAUUCAUUCAUGGCUUCGAUAUGCUUGCGGAUGAAGUUGAGGGGAUACUGGCUGCUGGCGAAGAUAAAUAUGGAUUUGCUUUGAUCACGCUCCUCGAGCUCGCAUAUCAGGGCUAUGAGCCAUGUCUUGAGGUUGUAGAUGGAGUCAAUUCUCUAAGCUUGACAAAUAAUCCACUUCACUAUUUCGAUACCAUUUGUGAUGCCCUCACACUUUUGUACCCGUUGAAACGUUACUAUUGGAAAUGGCUUGCCUUGGGAGUUGCCAAUAGGAUGACUGACAGGUAUAGAGAAGUUGAUCCGAUGGACAACGGAUUUUGA